GGCCUCUUCCUACUUUUCUGGUGGAUUCAAACCGUUUUGCAGAAUAUUUCCACUUCAGCCAAGAUGUCAACGCCUCUAUCCAAGCCUCAGAUUAUCGCGCACAUCCAGAAGAGUUUGAACUACACCGUUUUUGACAGCAAAUGGAUUCCGAGCAGCGCCAAGUUUGUGUGUCUGGGGAACUUUCCCAGAGGAACCGGAGUGAUGCAGAUAUAUGAAGUUCAGCACGGAGAGGCUCAGCUCGUCAAGGAGGUAGAGAAACCUAAACCCAUAAAGUGCGGGACGUUCGGGGCCACCUCUCUUCAACAAAGACACAUAGCAACUGGGGAUUUUGAUGGAAAUCUCAAUAUAUGGAAUCUGGAGACGCCUGAUGUGCCAGUGUACACCGUAAAGGCCCACAAAGAGAUAGUGAACAGCAUUGAUGGUGUCGGCGGCCUGGGAAUCGGCGAUGGUGCGCCUGAGAUAGUCACCGGAAGCAGAGACGGGACGGUAAAGGUGUGGGAUCCCAGACAGAAGGAGUCGCCUGUCGCCAACAUGGAGCCUGUGGAAGGAGAAACCAAGAGGGACUGCUGGACUGUUGCAUUUGGUCAUGCCUUCAACGAUGAGGACCGCUGUGUGUGCGCCGGCUACGACAACGGCGACAUUAAACUCUUCGACCUGCGGAACAUGUCUCUGCGGUGGGAAACCAACAUCAGAAACGGGGUAUGCUGUGUGGAGUUCGACAGGAAAGACAUCAACAUGAACAAACUGGUGGCCACCUCGCUGGAGGGGAAAUUCCACGUCUUUGACAUGAGGACCCAGCACCCCACCAAGGGCUUCGCCUCUGUUUCCGAAAAGGCUCAUAAAUCAACCGUCUGGCAGGUGAGACAUUUGCCUCAGAACAGAGACAUCUUUAUGACUGCAGGGGGAGCAGGCAACCUCCAUCUAUGGAAAUACGAGUAUCCUGCUCAGAGAAGCAAAAAAGACUCUGACGACGUGGAUGUCGGUGUCGCCGGCUCCGUCAACCUCUUACAGAACGUCACUCUGUCCACUCAGCCGAUCGCCAGCCUGGACUGGAGCCCCGACAAGCAGGGCCUGUGUGUGUGUUCGGGCUUCGACCAGUCUGUCCGUGUCCUCAUUGUCACCAAGCUCAACGUAGUGUGAAAAAGCAGACCACUUCCAAGACUCUUGGGCAGCUUAAAAUGAAGUCAGACACAACUGCAGAGAUGCACCAACUGUGUGUGAAUGACACUGAAUCGUCUCUUAUUAGAGGACACCGGUUUCCUGCUGUGAGUCUGGGCAACUGUCUAGAUUUUGCACAAUUGUUUUCUUGCCAGACAACACUUUAACUCAAAUGAACUGGGGAGUCUUGUUUGGAUUUGGCCGUUUUGUCUCUGUUGAUAUCUCUGAAAAUGUGUCGUGCCUGAUUUUUAUCCUGGAGUGUGGUAAACAUCUCUCUGUAACACCAUUAUACAUUUUCCAUAUGACUAUAAAGCCUCUAUUGAGAUGAAGGAUGGAGUCAUACAGCCUUUGGCUUGGACUGAUUGAUGAACAAAAUGAAUUUCUUGAUCAAUUUCCAUUUUUGUAGGAGGCUCUGAGUAUCACCUGUCUUCUGUUGUUGCACUGCGGUGAACAUUGUUGUGCUCCAGUUUCAUUUGUUGUUAAAGUUGUUGCUUUUGAUAUGAUAUUUUUUUGAGAACUCUUGUUUUUUCAAAUUAAACGUGGGUUUGGAGAGAAAAGGGUUGACCUCUGGCCAAAAAGAUUUCUGAAAUCACGUGCAAGUAAAGUCAAGAGAAGUACUUUUUUUAUAAACACGCUUAAAAC